AGUUGCUGUUGCCUACGAAAUUGUCAGUGUUCCUCCAUUGGGGGUCACCUGUAUGACUACCACUUCAUUGGAGAGAAUAAGACCUGGAAAGAAGCCCAGAAGUAUUGCAGAAAGUACUUCACUGACCUGGCCACAGUGGCUGACCAGACAGACAGGCAGAGACUCUACGACCUUGCACAGUAUCAAGCCGGAGCCUGGAUUGGGCUGCAGCGAGACUGGCAUUGGUCUCUGCCAGGGGUGAAGUACAACAAGAGUGAAUGGAUGGCAGGACAGCCGGAUAAUCAACUCAAUGAGGAGAACUGUGUGUGCAUGAAGAUGAAGAUGGAUAACACAUGGAAUGACGUCUCUUGUUCUCAGUCCUUUGGUUUUAUCUGCUACGAAAACAAGAAACCCAACAAAACAUUUCAUAUCAUUGACAAUAAGAUGAAGAUGAACUGGACAGACGCUCAGAGCUUCUGCAGAAAGAAUUACACUGACCUGAUCAGUGGAGUCAACCAGAUAGAACUCUUCAAGACUCAGUACCAGAAUGAUACAGUACACUGGAACGGUAAUGAUUAUUUCUGGAUCGGCCUGUUCAGAGACACUUUCUGGAGUUGGUCAGAUGGGAGCAGUUUCUCUUUCAGAUCCUGGGAUAAAGGUCAACCUAAGAAGACAUGUGCUAUGACUACGUCAAAUGGAAAUUGGAGCUCUGAUCACUGUAAUAAAACCAAACCCUUCUUCUGCUACAACGAUUCAGUGAUCCUGAUCAACCAGAGCAUGAUCUGGGAGGAUGCGUUAUACUACUGCAGAGAUCACUAUGGCGACCUUGUCUUCAUCACCAACCAGGACGAUCAGCGCUGGGUCCAGGAGAGAGCCAAGAUGGCCUCCACUCCCUACGUGUGGAUGGGACUGCGCUACACCUGCACUCUGGACUUCUGGUUCUGGGUCAGUGACGAGACGGUCCACUACAAGAACUGGGCCCUCCCCCAGUCUGGGAACGACUGCAACAUGUCUGGAGCCAUGGACCGAAAUGGAACUUGGGUCAAAUUGAUCGACGAUGACCACCAGCUUAACUUCAUCUGUUCCAAGUAA